AUGGCAUCAGGUUACAGAACAAGUUACCUGCAAGCGUUAUCAUCACCUUCCUCAUCUUCCUCUUCAUCUUCGUCGUCGUCGUCAUCCGCUCUCAACUCAAAUUAUCUGAAACAUUGGUCUAGUUUGAAACCAGUGCCUCACUCACCAUCAUCAGCAACAUCAACAUAUAACAACAACAACGUGACCAACCCUAUGAAAUCGUACCGUUAUAACUCCCACAUGCAACAUAACAAUUACGACGACUACUACAGCAGCAACAGCAGUAACCACAGUUACUACAGUAAUUUGAAUGUGCCUGCAACGAAAACUCCAUCAUCAUCGCCUUCCUCGUCAUAUCUCAACAUACCCAAAUCAUUCUCAAGAUUAUAUCCUGCUGUUUCGACAACAAGUUAUCAGUCUACAUAUCACAAAACGACGUUAUCGUCAUCGUCGUCAUUACUGGUAUCGUUAUCAUCGUCAUCUUCAUCAUCUGCCAAUACAUCAUCAGCAUCGUCAUCGGCCACAAUUAUAGCUGCUACAAAAUAUCUGUCGACAACAACACAAAAUCUCCUGGCGAGAAAAAACUAUAAAUUUCUUGAUAACAACAACAGCAACAACAACAACAACAGCAACCACAACCACAACAACAACACUCGUUUUUCUGGAAACAAUAAAGGAGAAAACAACGGCAACAUAAACUGCAACAAUGUUGAUGUUGAGUUGAUUAAAGAAAUCUACAACCAACUAUUGACCUGCAGAGUAUGCUUCAAGUCCUACGUAAAACCCAAAACGCUCGAUUGUUUGCAUACAUUCUGCGAAAAAUGUUUGCUCAAACAAUACAAACAACAGCAAGAUGAGCUAAAGUCACAAGUUCAAGAUGAACAACCACCUUGCAACAUUAGCAGCCUCGCCAUCAAAGAACUUGUGGACUCAUUUAAUAAUGAUGAAAUGAAGAAUAAUUUAUUGGCGAUCAACCACAACGACGGUAGCAAUAUUAUUACUAUCAGCAAAAAUGUCAGUAGCAGCAACAAUUAUAACAGAGAUAUUCUCAAGUGUCCUUUGUGUUCGACGGCUACCAACAUACCGGAGGGCAAAGUUAAAGUUUUACCAAACAGCUCCCUCGUCCACAGCCUCAAUCGCCUCAUUAGACGCGUCUGCCAAAACGACAGUCGAAUUUUUAGAGACCACCACCAAUUUCGUCAUCGCCAUCUUCGUCGUCUUCGUCAUCGUCAGCAGCAGCAUCAACGGGGUGAGAAGUUCAGGAUGAAAAAUGAUGACGGUGAUGUUGACGAUGAAGACUACGAUGAUGAGGAGGAAGACAAUGAAGAUGGUGAUGAGGAUGAUGAUGAUGAUGACGAGGAAGAAGAAUAUGCUUCAGAAGAUGCUGGUUUGGAGUUGAUUUGUGAGAUAUGUCAUAAAGAUGACGAGGGGGCCGACGAUGGUGACCCCGUCGAAUCUUGUGACGUCUUUAAAAAUGAUGUCAACCCUAACAACAAAAUUAAUAACGAUUUGAUGCGUGCAGCAGCAAAUGAGCAACAACAGCAGAAUCAAACAUCGCCUAAUGCAGCAAGGACCAAAACGAAACAUCGUUUGCCUAAACUGGCAACCGUCGAAUGUUUGGACUGUUCAUGUAAACUUCUGUGCAAUGAUUGCGCAAAGGUGCACAUGGAAACGAAGAUCACUCAAUCUCACAGUUUGGUGAGGGUAGAGAUAUUGAGGAAAGGAGACCUGUGCUGUGCCGAACAUCAACGAGAAAAUGUUCGAUUUUAUUGCGAAACGUGCGACAGUUGUGUUUGCAUCAUGUGCACAUUUUACGAGCAUAAAACACACAAAAUCAUCACGUUCAGUGACGCUAUCAAAACAAAUUUGCCACUUCUAAUGUCAAAAGUUGCAAAAUGUCGUUCGGUAUUUGAACAAAUGAAAAACCACUUGAAUGCAAUAAAUAAUUUUGAAGAAUGUUUUUUGAAAACUGAAAUUGCCAUUCGGGAGAGAGCAGAGGAAAUCGUAAAAUUUGCAAAUGACUGCGAGAAACAGUCAUUGAUUGAGUUGAAAAGAUUUCUGAAUGAUGAAAGUGUAAUUGAAUUUUUAAAGAAAAGGCGACAUUUUGAAAUGGCUGUAUCGUCUACGGACCAAUUAUUUCAACUGACAGAACGUCUGCUUGAUGGAAAAAACGUGGAACUCUUUUUGGCAAAACGAAAGCUGGAAGAGCAAAUGAAUGACUUGCUUAAUUGGAGUUUCACAGAAAUACCAAAUUUAGUUGCGAAACCUCCCAAAUUUAAAAAGUCAGCAAAAAACAUUGUUUUCGGUCAUUUUAUAUUACUUCACAACAAGAAUGAAAGCAAAUCUACUGAAUCGUUGAGCAGUAGCGAAAAUGAAGAUGUGGUUAGUUUUGACGAUAAUAUUAACAACAGCUCAGUUGCCAACAUCAGCAACAAGAAUUAUGGCAACAUUUCAUGUUAUAGAGAAAGUUUAAUAUUUACUAACAAAACUGACAAAUACUUAAGCGGCGGGGAUAUAGGUAAGAACCACAAUACGAUCAACAUGAACAACCCCAACAACUCAAAUAUCAACAGUUUUAUCAAUGACAACUUCAUCGACCACACAAAUAACAGUAGCAGUGACGACGACGACGAAGGUAGCGAUAUCUCGAGCUGCUCUGUUAAAAUACUUGAAAGUAGUUUUGAUAAUGAAGACAAUGAAGACGACGUUGACAAUGAGGACAGUGACAUUCAUAGUGAUAUUAUUUCUAAUUCCCGUGCUGAACAACAAAAAUUCGAAAACAAACAUUUAGACAAAAAAGUUGUUGAUAGUAUUAAUAGUUCCAAUGAAGAGGAAAUCGUUGACGAAGACAACGUGGAUACAACUCCUUUAGAAUCUUUGAAGAGUAUUUCAGAAUUGGAAACAUGCAAUCAAUCGCAUUCACAUCUUCCUUCAUCACCGUCAUCUUCGUCGUCGUCUUCAUCCUCAGAUGAAAAUGAAAAAAGUCAGCUUUGGGAAAUUGACGGAAACUUGAAAUUGCAACAGUCACUCAAUCAAAACUCAACGGUCAUUUCAAAAGUUGAAAACAGCAAAGAAUGUUUAGAAAAAUUAAUCGAAAAUCAAAAUGUAGAAAUUGAAAAAAUGGAAGCUGGUACAAUGACAGAAAAAGUAUUUUUUGAAAACAAAUCCACUUUAACACUACCUUCUUCUGUUCAAUAUGUAAAUAAAGGAACUUCAACUGCAACUACAAUUGUGGCUGACAAAUCAACCACAACAACCACUACUAACGUUUCAUCGGCUUACAGGGAUUUCUUAGAGUCAAAAACCCCCAAGCAAAUGUCUAUAAGCAGAGGUACGAUGACAAAUUUUAUGCCGGAUAACAAAGCACAAAUUUUUAAAGAAAAACUAAACCUUUUAGAGAAAACAGAAUUCAAUUGCCACUCAAAAAAUAAUAAAGAAUUUAAACUUGAUACCACGGACCGAGCAAGUUCGCCGAUUAAAUUCAUAAAAUGUGAUAAAACAACCAUGUUCAACGGGUUAGUUGAAAAAAAAGCGCCAGUGGAUGUUUUUUGUAGAGCUGGUAUAAUCGGAAAACCAAAAAAAAUUAUUUCAGACUCAAUCUCAUCUCUUAGUUCCAUAAACGAAAACAUUGAUGAAGAAAGCGAAGAACAUAAUCAAUGUAGUGAACGCCAAACUGAAAACGUCGAAAGCCUUAGCAACGUUGUUUUUGAUGUUUCAGGUAAUUACGUCAGUGAUGAUGGUUUCAACAACUUUAAGAAAAAAUCAAAUUUUACAAAACUUCACAGCUUUGAGUUAGGUCAAUCCGAGCAGCUUAAUAAAAAGAGUUUGUUAAGAGCUCAGAAAUCUGUCACUCAUUAUAUAAACAACAGAAGCUCGGCUAUCGUUCACCCGUUUUUGUCAAACAAUUUGCAAAGGCAACAACAGUUGAUGUCUGUUCAAGGAAAUGUCAAUACCAACAUAAAUACCAUUAACAGUAAUGAUUGCAAGCUUACCACAAAUAUGAACGACAACGUCGACAACUCGCUAGAUAUCCUACAACAGCCUAAUCAGCAGCAAAAACAAUCGUCGCAUCAAAAUGAGCAACUGCAAUUGGCUGUACAACACCAGCAACAAUUUCGCGAACAACGACAAAAACUGGACAACGCAUCAAAGCUUUACGUUGAAAUAGGCACAAACACUACUGCGCCAACACACCACGACGCCUCCACCGGGACCGACUCGCCACCUGUCGUCGAAAAGAUGGCAGAAUGUAUCAGCAAACUGAAAACUGUCCGCCACAGACUCGAGUGCUUUCAAUCUUCAAACAGUGUUAGUGUCAAUAGCAACUCGAACAAUAGCGUAAGUAGUAGUGGUAAUAACAGCGACGACAACCCUACUCAAAAUUCUAACAAUCUCUGCAGCAUAAAUAAAAAUUUGAAAAUUGUUGAAGAAAUCAUCAAAACUUCUGAUAUUGCAAACAGUGGUUCUAAUGUCCUUGGUAAAAGUAGCCGUAGUAACAGCAUAAAUAACAGUAACGCAGCCGAUGUUAUUGUUAAUAAAAUAGAAUGCAGAAGGAAUGGCAAUGAGGAUGAUGAUGGUGCUGUUAGUAGCGGCACCAAUUGUGAAGCGACUGAUGCAAAUUUUAAAGAUUUGAAAACAACGUCUGCUCCUCCCGCUAGCGUCCUAUCUUCUUUGACGUCAUCCUCAUUUGCCACAACCAACAGUUCGACAACGACCAGCGUGGAAACUAUUCACAGUUUGACCAACGGCAAGAAAACAAAUGAAAACAACUUAUCAAACAACAAUGCCAACAAUGGUAAUAAUUAUAAUAGUAAUACCAACAAUCAAAUUUUCAAUGCUGCCAAACAACUCGUAAGUUCUGGAAAUGAAAGUGUGUUGGCGAGGAGACAGCGUUACAGUGCGAACAUCAGUUUAAAUACUAACAAACCAAUCAACUACAACAACAAAGCAACAAAGCGGACUAAUUAUAACAGCCAAGCAGUUAACAGCAACAGCGAAAGCAGUAGCAACAACAAUUCGCCCAACCUGGAACGAUCAAAUAAAUUAGGAACAGUAAACAACAACGGCCUGUCCCAACAGAACGUUGCAAAGAGAACUUUAAAAUGUCGAAAAGCAUCAAAUAUCACCACUAAUCCAUCUACUACAAACUUUUCAGCAGCGAAUAACUUUUCUUUAUGCAAUGCUGGUGAAAUUUCGACAAGUUUUAACCCAACAGCAAACAAUACAACGCUAACUAAAGGCAACGACUGCAAAAAUUUAGAAACAAACAACCCAAAUUUUUUUGAGCUUUCGGACUCAUUGCAGUCUGAAAGUGGCGAAGAAAUUGAUCCGGUUUUAUUGAAAAGUAUUUUAAAGUCUGCAGCGCCGAGCGUUACUCAGCAGCAGCAACCAGAUCUGGCACAAGAACCACAACAAUUUGUCUCAAAAUCACCGUUUGCAAGAGACAUCGAUCGAUCGUUCAGCGCAAACUUAAAGAAGCGUUUACAAAACAGCCCAAUAAGUCGUCGCUACCACCUACAGCAGCAGCAUCAACAACAGCAGCUGCAAGAUCAACAAACUCAAAAUCAAUCACAAUCGGACACCAUUUCAAUUCUAAAAGCCAUCAAAGCUAGAAAUAAAUCACCACGACCUACGAAAAAGACACUUAAAUAAAACUUUUUUAAAAAACUUUAAAAAAUUUAUGUAAAAAAUGUAAUAAAACUGUAUUCAAACGUUUGUUAAACUAGUCCUUUAAAAAUAUUAGACCUUACCUUAUACAUUGUCUUAAUUAUUUUCAUCAACGUCAUCAUCCCACCAAUGUUCAUCAGUUUUAAUUGUUCAUCAGUUUUCAAUGUUCAUCAGUGGUCAUCGUUCUCCGCACCGCGCGAUUUGACAUAAAUUUGGUUACAUUUCUUUACAUUUUAGUGCCAAAAACAUUUUUGUCAGUUUUAUUUAUUUAUUUUCAUUUAACAUUUUGUGAAGAAGACAACACAAUAUAUUUGAUAAUAAAAAAUAUCUUUCGUAAUUAAACGUUUGUCGAAAAAUAGGGUUGCUAA